AUCUCCAAACCCCAUUCAUUUGUUCAACUUCCUGUCUAUUGGGUUCUGUUUUCCCACUUGAUUUCUGCUGUACUGUGUUCUCUGCGAAAUUCUCCCCUCCUCUGUCUCGCCUCAGCUCCCCCUCAAUCCAUGUCCAUUCUGGUGGAUCUUGCAUGAUGGGUCUUCUGAGCCGGCUUCGCAGACAUUCUUCCAAGAACCACAGUGCGGGGAAUGCGGCCACCUACGAUCAUCUCCGCACCGAGGUCGACCGUUAUCCGCGGUCGGGCUCCAACCAAGAUUUGACCAAAUCCCUCCCUCGACCGGUCCUGAAUCGCAUCUUCGCCGCCGUGUGUCCACAUACUGUUGACGACAGUUAUGAAACAUCAGAAGAGUCCAUGACUGAGGAUGGCUGCAUGCUAUGUGACAUGCGCGAUCUGGCCCACUGCGCCUUGGUCUGUCAACGCUGGUAUCUGGAAGCUCGGGCUUUGCUAUACUCACAUGUCCGCAUCGACCCCGUCCAUUACUGCGAACUCGAAGAGCAACUCUCCGCUAAACGAAAGCGACGCUCCUUCAUGAACCGCAACGGUGAAGCCAUCGACGCGCCCCAGGUACGGCUAAGACUCUUCAUGCAGACUGUGCGAGAAUCACCGGAGCUGGGACAUCGAGUGCUCUCGCUUCGCAUGCCAUACAUGACGCGCGAGGCUAGCAAAAGUGAAAUUGCCCGCACCAUUUCCGUCUUGCCGAAUCUCCGCUAUGUCGACCUCCCCGCCGGAAUCUUCAGCGACGAUCCAUCGUGCUUGGCUUUGAAACAAGAGCUUAUCGGCCGGUGUCAGGAUAUCCGUCGGAUGAGUUACCGUCAUGGUGCCGAGGCAAGCUUCUCGCAAUUACCGGACUCUCCGCUCUGGGUGAACCUGGAGGUUCUCGAGUUGUCCCGGUUGCAGAUCGAGCCUCACAUUCUCCGAAUGGGGCUUGCUUCUUUCUCUCAUCUCCGAGAUCUUACCCUCAAUGAUCUGCCCUGGCUUGAUGACUCCGCCUUCGCUUCCUCCGAUACCCUCCCUCCCUUCCCGGCCGUCCAGCGCCUUACCUUACGAGAUACCCCGAACGUCACGGCAAGCGGGCUUGUCGAUUUCCUCUCUCUGCCCUCCAAUCGCAAAACCCUCCAGUCCUUGACUCUCUCUUCUACCGGUGUCCUACCAUCAACCUUCAACCAGAUUCUCUCCGUCGCGCCUCAACUCCGCGCCUUCUCAGUCAGUCAAGAAGUCACCCGCUCGUUCCCCGCCGACCGAGUGCCUCCUCUCGCAUCCCGAUCCCUCGCCCUCCUCCACUACGAGAUCACAUCCCCAUCCGGUCCAAACGGCAACCUACCUCCUGUCGCUGCCUCUUACUACACUUACCUCAUUUCCUCGCUCAUGUCCCAUGCCCUGCCUGCUCUUCGCGACCUCUACGUCCGCGACUCGAGCUUCCCCGAAACCCUCCUUCUCGCCCCGCCCCCGCGUCUUCUGGGAGGCGGCGAAAGUGGCCCCCAGUUCUUCCAUGGUGGUCUGUCCCAGCCUCUCAACGUGUACAGCAAGGGGCUCGACGAGCUGGAGUGGAACUUCACCCCGUACGAGCCGCCGUCGACGCACGGGCGCCGCGCAAGCACCACGCGGCCGGUUAGUUUCCACGACGCGCAGCUGAGUCGCACCUGGGGCGGCGACGCCCGCAAAAGCGUUCUUGUUGGGAAUGGAUUCGGCGGGUUCCUGGCUGUGCCGGUCGAGGAUGACGGCCGUCCCAAGAGUAGUGGUGGCUGGCACCGCGAUAGUCGACAGGAUCUGUGGCGCUGAAGCUGCAUGCCAGCCGGGGUGGUUCGUUUGUCAAUCUUGAGUACAGAUGGGAUGAGUAAUGCUGUAAUGAGGGCAGAUUUGACUUGGACGUGGGGUUCGCUACGCCGAGGGCUUUUCGUGCCAUGGCCGGGCGCCAGGUUCGUAUUUAGGUACUUGUAUUACUUUGAUUUCAUUCCACGAAUGACUGGACAUGAAUACAAGAAAUACGAUAUGUGUUUG